AUAACGUGUGGCCUCCCCAUCUUUUCCUGCCUCGUUUCUUUUCUCCAUUGAGUCCGAAACAAGGGUUGCGAUCUGCAACGCAUGAAACGUCAGAGAGAGACCAUGAAGAAUGUGUCGAGGAUCAAGUUCUUGCAUUGCUUUAGACGACCCGUCAUCGAGGACAUGAUGCUCGAGCCCAGGCGUAGGCGGAACCAGCUCAUGCAUCUUUUGAUCGAUGAGGACGACAAUGAGAGAGCAAGCGUGAAACCACCGUAUGCUCGAUCGAGAAAGCAUAGCUUUUCGCGCAUGUUGAAGUCCGCUCUCUUCUACACCGCUUUGGCUCGGACUAUCCGCCGGAAAAGAAGUAGUUCAUUUCGAAACUCAUUGUUGACGAAACACUGUCCUUCAAUGGAUGCCGAACCAAGGGGGUCGUUAUGUGAUAACAACGAUCAGAAGCUUAUCGAUGAUCAGGCAAAUCAUUUUUCUUCUACCUCUCUUUCUUCAGGUUCAAGUUCGGCAUUAGAGUACGUGGACUGUGUGUCCAAACAGUGGUCUCACGGUGGAUUCUUGUACAAUGGCUCAUCAAUGAAGCAAGAGCAAAGCCCAGAUCAUCAAGAUCAGUCACGAACGAAACGAGCCAAACUUGAUAUGGCAUAUCUGCUGUUCAUUAGUCUGAUGGGGACAGUGUUGUGUGGCAGAGCUUAUGCAAUGGUCUUUGCAUUGAUGUGGCUUCUUGUGGUGACUCGCCGGCUUUGCUGGAGCGUCACUGACAAUGAUGAUGAUGUGAGGACAGGAAGACAGGAGAAAGUGAAGGUUUCGCAGGCAGAGACUGAUGAGAAGAAGUGAAGAAAGACUGUAGCGCAGUUAAUUAUGGAUGUGCUAGGGAGGAUGCGUGAAAGGAACCGUCCCAAAAAAUGAAGAGAGGACCGCUCUUGCAUUAAAUCUUUUACGUGAAAAUGCUGUCUCGCGUGAUAGAUCGAGCUUAGCGUCUAGCUAGUUAGUAGACUUUUGGCGA